AUGGCUCUACCGCCAGAUACCGACCCAGAUGACGAGGACUUCAUGACGCUGACAGAGGUUCAAGAAGUUGUGAAAAUAAUCGACAAAAUAUCAAUCAUGCCGGCCAGAACGAUGCGCAUCUGUAAUCAGUUCCGAAACUUGGAAGAAUGGAUCCGAAGAGCUCAAUACAACUCGGUAACUCGAGAAGUACUAGACCAGUCUUUGGUACUUCCUCGCCUCGAGGAAUUUCUCUCUGAUGACCACGCCCCAACCAGAGUGAACAAAGAUAUACCGGUCAACCUUGUGGAGAACCUCACAAUAAUUUAUCGGAAAUGGGACCAUGGUGAUCUCAGUGUACUCGCUCGCCGUGGCCUAAUCCAAGGCAGCGAAUCAAGUCCCUUCUAUCCAGACCCUGACUGGUCAUACCGACGGUCAGCCGACUUCUUCGGCCAUGGCCACUUGGUCAAUGGCCAGACAUGGAACAAACGGGUGGAAAUGAGCCGUGACGGUGCCCAUGCCCCUUUCAUGGCUGGAAUCUACGGCACUAUGGAACAAGGUGCGAAGAGUAUCGUUAUGGGAUACCAUGACGAAGCAAAGAAGGAAUUUUAUGCCGAUAUCGAUCAAGGCGAACGAAUCUGGUAUAUCGGGACCGGCCAUCGUCGUCAAGAGACGGAUAUCGAGCCCACCAAUGUCAAAGAUGAAGUCAAGCACGAGCCCGGUAUGGUCCAUCUUAACAAAAGAGGGGAUGACGCAACUGCAGGGACCAAAGCAUUGAUCACGUCCUAUCGGACCAAGCGUCCGGUCCGAGUUUUUCGAUCUUUCCGCCUUGCCAAGAUUGUAGAGUAUCGACCCGUCAGGGGUUUUCGCUAUGAUGGACUCUACAAAGUCGUGGGGUACGAGCUGUUGAAGCAACAUCGCCAAAUCUAUCGCUUUGAGCUAGUCAGACUGGACCAAGAGGAAGGCAAUCAAGGUCCCCUGAGAGAGAAUCUGCCCCCUCCGAAGCCUGCGAAGAAACGUGAACGAGAAGAUGACGAUGAUUCGCCUGAUGAGUGCAAACAAACGAAACCUCCAAAACACAGGGCCACAGGGUCUAAAGGUCGAGGAAAGAAGAUCCCAGCAGCCAAAACCGAAAAGUGA